AAAUCCCGCGACAGAUGAACUAGCUAUUGUGGAUUUCCUGGUUGAAAGGCCGUUUUCAAUUUGGCGCUGAUAUAUUGUUUACUAACACUGAUCAAACUGUCAAAAAUAUUUUCGGACUAUUGCUGUAGUCUAGUUUGCAAGUAAGUGAUAGAUCUAAGGGAGUAAACGCGCUAAUGCUCCAUAGCUUGCCAAAUGAAAUAGCAGGAUGCGCAGUUAACUAUACAGCCAGCCAAAAAGGCAUCAUGGAAUUUAGACGGUUCGGCGGCGUUGGCUUGGAAUUAAGCUUCAUAGACUUCUUUGGUUCGGACCAAACGGAAACCUUGUCCCAAGCCAUACGGCGCUCUGCAGAGGACUCUGCUGCAGCUGCUGAUGACGAACCGGAGGCUAACGUACUGUUUGGAACCAUUAGAGGAAGCGUUGUCGGAUUACGUUACUAUACUGGGGUUGUUAACAAAGGAGAGAUGGUGUCGCUGGUUAGGGAACCUCACAACCCCUAUGAUAAAAACGCAGUUAUGGUUGCCAAUGUGUACGGGAGCCAGGUCGGGCACAUCAGACGCCAGCUGGCUGCGCCAAUGGCCUACAUCAUGGACAACAAUUUAGCCAAAGUUGAAGGAGUUGUUCCUUUCGGUGUGAAGAAUGCUUUCAACAUGCCUGUCAACCUUUCCUUCUGGGGGAAGGAGGAGAACAAAACGGCAGUAUCUAAUGAACUGAAAAGGCAUGGAUUCCAACUCGACCUUGAAUCAAAAGGUGGAUCACAAGGUGUGACAUCAAAUAGGACUUUACACCAAUGGCUUGCACCUACUAAAAAGGUGAUGGCAGUACCACUGACACCUGAACAGCUGAAGAACGCCUUUGACAAGCUGUUUGAUGACCUGAUGGAGGACAAGACCCGUGAGAUGGAAGCAGGAAAGGCUGUGUGCACAUCAUUACUCCCACAUCAGAAGCAGGCUCUGGCCUGGAUGGUCACAAGGGAGAACAACAGUGAUUUGCCACCAUUUUGGGUGGAGAAGAACGGCCUUUAUUUAAAUGUGCUCACCAACUUUGCUGUACCAGAGAGGCCGGACAGUGUCCGUGGAGGGAUCCUGGCUGAUGACAUGGGACUGGGAAAAACCCUCACGACUAUUGCUCUCAUUCUGACCAACUUUCACAAUGGGAAACCAAUGCCUCUGGAGAAGAUGGAGAGCACACCACCUGUUCCAGGAUCAGCGGGGACCAAGAGAAAAAAAUCGGAUCUGAAAGAGAACAAUGGAAAGAGGAGCGGUGAAUUAACAUUGGAAGAAGUAGCGACUCCUUCUUGUUCAAAAAGGCAACAGGAAGACCCUGUUCUGAUUAUCAUCGAUUCAGAUGAUGCAGAAGAGGUUGUAGCACCUAAGAAGAAGGCAAAAACAAAAGCAAAAUCAAACUGUCCCUCUAGCACAAAGAAAGGUCCCUUUAUGCUGAUGGAGGACAUGGACUUUGCUUCUGCCCUGGGUGGGGGUGUGGUGGAAGGAAGCUCUCAUAAGAAGAAAUCCCAGAAGAAGAGUCAGGGAGUCAGCAAAAUGCCCUCAAAACCCAUUGAGAGCAAUGGAGCCAGGGCAACCUUGGUCAUCUGCCCCCUCUCAGUCCUCAGCAACUGGCUGGAUCAGUUUGAGCAGCACAUCCGUGCAGAUGUGGAGCUGAGCGUGUACUUGUACUACGGCGCAGAGCGUAACCGGCAAGUCAAGUUCCUGGCCCAGCAGGACGUUGUGCUUACCACCUACAACGUGCUGUCUGCUGACUAUGGGGGAAAGAAGUGCAGUCCUCUGCACGAGGUUAAGUGGCUGAGGGUGGUGUUGGACGAGGGGCACGUUGUUCGGAACCCCAACGCGAUGCAGAGCAAGGCCGUGUUGAGCUUGACAGCAGAGAGGAGAUGGAUCUUAUCAGGCACUCCAAUUCAGAACUCCCUGAAAGACCUGUGGAUGCUCAUCUCCUUUCUGAAGCUGAAGCCUUUCGACGUGAAGGAGUGGUGGAACCGGGUCAUUGAGCGGCCUGUCACCCUGGGCGACAGCAAAGGGCUUAACGACCUGCAGAUUCUGAUUAAGGGGAUCACCCUGAGGCGGACCAAAACCAGCAAGAUGGCAGGACGCACGGUGGUGCAGCUGCCAGAGAAGAGGGUCUUUGUCCAGAAAGUGACCAUGUCUGAGGAGGAGAGGCUGGAGUACGAGACCGUCAAGAGGGAGGGCAGGGAUGCAAUUGGCAGGUAUUUUGAUGAGGGGACGGUCUUGACGAACUACGCGGACGUGCUGGCCAUCCUGGUCAGGCUGAGACAGUUCUGCUGCCACCCGCACCUUCUGGGGAGCUCCCGCAGUGCACCGGGUUCGACAGACGCGUCCACGCCCAGCGAGCUGAGGGAGCGCCUGAUAAACAAGAUCACCCUGGUCCUGAGCUCUGGGUCGGACGAGGAGUGCGCCGUCUGUCUGGACUCCCUCCGGCAGCCGGUCAUCACCUACUGCGCCCACGUGUACUGCAAGCCCUGCAUCUGCGAGGUCAUCCACUCCGAAAAGGACAACGCCAAGUGCCCGCUGUGCAGGGCACAGAUCCGGACCCAGGAACUUGUGGAGUACCCGGGGGAGGACGCAGAGUCGGCAUCCGCUGACGACAAGGACGCGUGGAAGUCCAGCUCGAAGGUGGAGGCCCUGAUGAGCAACCUGCUAAGACUUCGGCAAGAGGAUCCGAGCAUCAAGAGUCUGGUGGUGUCUCAGUUCACCAAGUUCCUGUCCCUGCUCGAAGUCCCUUUGAGGGAGCAGGGCUUUUCUUUCACUCGUCUGGACGGCUCCAUGAGCCAGAGGAGCAGAGCCAAGGCCAUCCAGGCUUUCCAGGACUCUGCCCAGGGAUGUCCAACCAUCAUGCUGCUGUCACUCAAGGCUGGAGGGGUGGGGCUAAACCUCACAGCGGCCUCCAGAGUCUUCCUCAUGGACCCAGCGUGGAACCCUGCAGCGGAGGAUCAGUGCGUAGACAGGUGUCACAGGCUUGGCCAGAAGAAGGACGUGGUUAUUACCAAGUUCAUUGUGAAGGACUCCGUGGAGGAGAACAUGGUUAAAAUUCAGAGGAGGAAAAAGGAGCUGGUGGAGAAGGCCUUCGGGGGGAAGAAUGCGCAGGACCGAAAACAGUCGCGGAUCGAGGAGAUUCGAGCUCUGAUGGAGUUGUAGGGACCCCGGCCGUCAGCUUUGCCCCCCAGUUUAUUUCAGCAGAAUUACGCGAUAUGCCUCAUUUCAGUACACCUCGUGGUGAGGAUUCACUUGCUCAAAAUGUUCAACAUUCCCAGAGAGAAUGUUUUUUUUUUUUUUUUACAUUCAUAGAUUCAAUUGUGGCUACCCAAUAUUUUUUUAAAACACCUCUUCCUAGACCUUGUCAUAAACAUUACUUGAUAAGAAAUGGAUGUUUCAGUGUUUGAAUUGUCCCACAAUACUUUGUUGUAUACGGUGUUGUACUAAUGACUUUACAAGAAUACCACAACCCCCAAGUUUAUUUUUAUUUCUUUCAGCACAGAUAACCUUGCCCUAGACUGAAUGGCCACAUAUUUGACAUAUAAGAAAGAGGAGGAAAGUACUCUACAUUGGCUGAUAAGAGAGGACCCAUAAUGUGUUUAGACCACGUCCAGGGUAUUUUUACGAGCAAAUACUGCAAGUACUGACAGAGUAUUUUUGAUGUUCCAUUUCAGUUGUAGGCACUAGCACUUGAACAAUGUAUUGCAGAAAUGUAUUUUUGGAUGGAUUUUUUUUGUACCAUAAACAAACUGAGUUCACAGUUGUGACAAUAAAAGAUCUAACGUUCAUUUGAACUAACCUUCUGCAUGCAACGUCCCAUCAAAUCAUUCAUGGCAAGUAUGAGAUUUUGAGGAGUAAAAAUGUUUUGGAAAUUAA